CGCCACUUCUCCUCCUCUCCCUUCCGCCAAGCGACCUACAAUCAAGUCCGCCGCGGCUGCCGGACAGCCCAGAAGGCGCGGCGCGCGCGGUCGCCCGCCGUAGCCGGCCGCGCCCAGAUGAAGGGCGUCUGUCUCAAGACCGGUAUCACGAAACCCAAGAAGCCUAAUUCCGGGGAGCGGAAGACGGCCAGAGUGCGGUUGAGCAGUGGGAAGGUGGUUACGGCUUAUAUUCCUGGUGAAGGUCACAAUAUCCAGCAGCACAGUGUUGUUAUGGUUAGAGGUGGCAGAGCUCCCGAUUGUCCUGGUGUGAAGUACCACUUGGUUCGGGGUGCUAUGGAUUUGGGUGGUGUUCCCAGCCGCUUGACGAGCAGAUCCAAGUACGGUACGAAGAAGCCCAAGACGGACUAA